CAACAUUUACGCAGGAAAAUCAGCACUAUCAUUGUCAUCACCAAUGCUGCUACCGAGCUCCAUUUCCAACACCAUGAAGUUCUUGCAAAAGACUGUUGACAACUUCAAGUCUUGCUUCUCUCCACGUUACCAAAAGCUUCCCAAAACACCUCAACACAAUCAUUUCUCUUAUUCUGUGGCUGCGGCUAGUGUCAUGGACGUGCACAAUAACCCAUGUUAUAAGGAGUUGGAGAAGUUCUACAGUGACUUCACCCAGCAAUGGGAUUCAGGAAAAGAGAGGGGAAAGCGAAGAAACAAGAAGAAAAGUGUGUUGCCAUCACCAGCAAAGCAAAACGAGGAGGAGCAACAUAAUGGAAGUUUCAUUAGCUUGAACAAUGCAAAGGAUCAGAUGAAGAAAAGAGAGGAAUGUGACAAGCAAAAGAAUAAGAGGAGCUUAACCCAUCAAAGGGGAAAACAGCAAGAUUCAUCAUUGACUUCAAUGAGAACAAAAGAAAAUGGGAAUUGUAUGGUGCAAAAGAAGCUGAGAGAAUUGGAGACGUUGGACAUGAACAAUGUAGAUUAUGUACUCGACAUUGAAGAGGUUCUUCAUUAUUAUUCUCGACUCUCUUGCCCGGUUUAUCUUGAAAUUGUGGAUAAAUUCUUAAUGGAAAUUUACUCAGAGUUCUUUGGUGAUUCUGCUAGGCCUGUUACUACACCUCGUACUCUUAGUGUGAACUCUAGGCUGAAGCUGAGAUCAGUGAGGUCCUAG